CCCGGACGUCGUGGUGAGCGGACGUAUUUCCCGCUCAGUUCAGUGUCGGCUUUCGCGAGUGCGUGCCCGUGUCGUGAUAAUCGUGAUUUAUGUACUGACUUGGUGAACUCCACUCGGAAUACAAAACGCAAUGUGAAGAGAUGAAGGCAACUCCAGGACCCCACGAUGUAACCUCGUAACAUGACUCCCAGCAGCUUCGCUCUCUACAUCACCAGCCUGUUGUGGCUUGACCUCACACACGCUAAAAUCAGUUACUUUUGGCACAUCACCGAUCUUCAUUAUGACCCGUUUCACAACUCCCAGGAGUUCCAUAGAGGCUGCAAGCACAAUCGUGGCAGCAACGAGUCGCCACACAGUCACCGGAAUGGCCGCCACCGUGACCACACGUGUGACAGCUCGUGGCCGCUCAUACAGAGCGCAGCCGCGUUUAUGGCUGAGCGACAUCCCGACACGCUGGAGUUUGUGCUGUGGACUGGGGACAUACUGUCGUCAUCGAUGGAGCAUCUAAGCGAAGAGAUCAAACUGGAGGCAGUGAGGAACGUCACCGACAUCCUGAGCAGAACCUUCAGCAGUCAGUUCGUGUUCCCAGCGCUGGGCCACAACGACCCACCACCUUCAAAAAAGCUGGUCGAUAUGUGGAGUCAAUGGUUGCCAACGGAGGCGCUAUUAUCAUUUGAGACUGGUGGUUACUACACAAUAGAGCAGUCCCACAGCAAGCUACGCAUAGUAGUACUGAACAGCGUGCUGUGGGCGGGCGGCGCUGCCAAGAACGACGGGCCCCACCAGGGCCGCGCGCAGUGGGAAUGGCUGCAACAAAUUCUCAUCAAGGCUAGGAGUAAAAAGGAAAUGGUCUACCUAGUAGCCCACGCAGGGCCCGGGGUGGAAGAGAGACACAACGCUGGAAGCUCCACAGCAGCAGGAGGCGGGGAACUCACCCCCACAGCCAACGCCAGGUUGCUGCACUAUAUCAGAGCCUACAGUGACGUCAUCGCUGGACAGUUCUAUGGGCACAGACAUGCGGACACGUUUAGACUUGUUUAUAGUGAAGGUCGUCCAGUAUCAUGGGCUUUAUUAGCGCCUUCGCUAACGCCGCGCGGUGCCGGCAGUAUAUCUAACCCCGGAUUGAGGCUUUAUAAAUUUGAAUCUAAUACAGGAAAGGUAUUAGAUUACACACAGUAUUAUUUAGACGUAACAAACACGAGGGGUGACGCGCACUGGACGGUGGAGUACAACCUCACUCAGUACUACGGUCUGAGGGAAGUCAGCGCGACAUCCUUGGACACUCUAGCUGAGAAGAUUAGGAACUACCACGAUAGAGGACUACUUACCAAGUACUUAACAGCCCUGCGCGUACGCCACACAACGGACGUAUCGGACUGCGACGCGAGUUGCGUCCACGUCCAUUUCUGUGCGAUAACCCGUGCGGACUUUCACGAGUUUCGGACUUGCGUCCGUAACCCCGCGUCGGCGCUGGCGUCGCGCGCGCCUCACACGUCCGCCGCCAUCUUGUUGUACGCCAUUUUGAUAUUGAUUUCUUCGUAAUUUGUUACAGGUAAACAAAGGAGAUGGUCCAUUUCAGGUCCACUCUUGUACCCCGUAUCAUUAAAAUUUCAAAAAUACAAGGAUUUUAUUAAAAUUUAUUAAAGUGAAUAAAUAUAACUAAAUAAAAAGAAAUAAAUAAAAUAAAAGCCCAAGUUUUUGAGUUAUAUCAAGAUGGCGCCCAUAGAGCAACUAUGACAUGACAAUUGACAGCAAACGUCAAAUCGAUUACUGCAUUGAAAACGUCAUCUAUCCGCCAUUAUUAUCCUUAUUAAUGUUGCAUUUCUUGGGAGAUAACAAAUAUUAUUUCGAAAGAAUUAAAGUAUAUUCGUAGAUUUGUAUAAUCUAAACUAGUUAAAAAAAUUUCUUCUUUAAUUUCCGCUAGGGUACAAUAACUGGGCUCCAUACAAUUUUGGACCAUCUCCUUUGUGUACAUAGCCUUUUAAUAUUUUAAAUGUUAAAUGUAAUGUCAAUUUUAUGUGGAAAUAUUAUUAAAUGGGCAUACCGCGACAAAAAACUGUAUCUAAAAAAUAUCUGUUAUGAUUAGAUCGCAGUAGGUAGGUACUUUUAUUAGACCCCUAUUAUUUGCAAGAUAAAGUGUAUGAACAUAAUCAUUUCAUUGCAUUUCUCAGUAUGCUAUAGUCUUGAAAAAAUAUUCAAAUGUCAAUAUUUGUAACCAUGUGCAUACUACAAAACACUGUAUUUGAAAAUACAGUGUAAUGUCUGCGCGGAAUUAUCAUCGUCAUUCCAAUGACAAACUUUCAAAUAAUAUUUUUUUGAAGUCUUCUUUUUAUAGGAGGGUAAACCGCUCCGUAACGUAACGCGUUACGCGUACUGUUAUAAUUCAAAAUGGUGUUAAAUUUUAUCUGUGCUGAUCAUUAACUACCUAAUAAAGUUUGUUCAAAAAUAUAUUUGUAGUGCCUAAUCUGUUCAGAUAGUAUAAUUUUUAUUUUAAAUUUCAAAAGCUUUUCUUAGUAAUGACAAAAUUCUAAAUGUUUUGUAAUUUAGUUGUAUCGAAGUAACAUCAAAAUAACAUCAUAAAACUAAAUAAUUAUGUAAAUAUGCAUUUGUAUGUGGAAUAUAAUUAAGUUGUGUAAAUAACUGUGUAUUUUCUCGAAAUGUCGCAUGGCUCAAAUAUAAUUUUUAUGACCACUUUGGACUCGGUGUUAGACGAUCUGUAAAUCUCGCUCCUUUAACUAAAUUCUGUGAUUUUGGGCCUUUCAAUGACAGUAAUUUAACCUCUGGGUAGAAUUUUCACUGUGGCAACCCGAAAAUACCAUGAAACUUUAAGGGUCUCUAGCGAAGGGACUGGACAUGGUGGCGACUGGAGACAUGAUAUCGCAUGAUAUCCCGUUGAUAAUAUACCCUUUUGGGUCUGCGCCCAAAGCUACCAAAGUUCCAAUUCCGUAGUUGCUUACCAUAAACUUACUACUACCACGUGGUGGGAGUGUAUUUUGGCAAACUUUUAAGUUGUAUAGAACAACACAAGCCAGCCGGCUGAUUCACUAACUUUGACAUUAGUUGAGAUAUACGAAAUCGAGAUUAUAUCUAAUAAAUAUCAUCCGGUGCCUCCUCCUGACCGUGGAUAUCAUACAAUAGGUAAAUGACAUUAAUUAUCAGUUGAGUUGAUGUUUAUUUUAAUAGGUUGUUAAUAAAGACCACUAUAGUAAAUAUUCCAGCUGGUCAUCUAAGGCCUCAUUUACGAGUUAACGACAGUUAAUGAGAGAGCCCAAUAAAAGCUUUGUUUGAAAAUAUUUUAGCUUUUCAUAAAGAAUUGUACUGGUUCAAUGGACUUUAUCCAUUAAAUCUAAAAUAGGUACACAAAUUUACAAAUAAAAUUAGCAAAUAACCAAGCAGGUUUAGCAAUGUAGCUUGUCUUAGGUGAAAUAGCAGCAUAAAGUAUGAUCGUCUAAACCUAGCCACAAUUAAAACUUCGCAACGUUUAAAAUAUCUAACUUACGUUUAAGUUAGCAAAUAGUUCUGACUCAAUCAUACUCAUAACAUAACUUAAUAUUUAAUAAAAAUGCUAAGAAAGAUGUGUACAGAUUUAAUAUGUAUUUUAAAAAUAUAUAUUCAUAGAUUUUAAGUAAAUACUGAAAAUUUGUAAAAUAAAAACCAAAAUAAGGAUUUGGGGAGAUUGUUGAAUUUUGUUUUCAACUAUUUAUAGACAAAAAAAUAAUUAAAGAAUUAGUUGAUUUUGUGUUUCGUUAAUCUACCUUUGUAAACAAUGUUAAUUAAUUUGGUUUCUGCUUUCUUAUAAAAGUAAAGAUCUAUAAAGAAGCAAAAUUAUAGUCCAUCUAAAAACUUAAUACUUUAUGAGGCACUCACGUUUAUGUCUUUGUAUCUUCGUUCAUUCAACCUAAGCAUAAUUUACAAUAUACAUCUAAAUGUAUAUAAGUUUUUUGGGAGAGGUUCUAUAAACAACGUAUAAUAUGUCACUAUUUUACGUGAGACGUGUACUGUCAAAAAACGUACAGGACAAUGCCUUGUCUUUGUCGUCUGCCACGCUAGCCCGAUGGUUAGUUUGUUUGGCUUUAGAUCAUUGGGGUUAGAGUCUUGGGUACUAUGAAAAGGUAAAGUUUUCUUCUUUCCAAGAAAAUUACAAUAGACUGGAGUUUAGAAGUCGGUUGCAUUAUGUCCCCGUGCCCUGAAGACCAUUGUCAGCUGCCUGUCGUGACUUACCUUUUUAUACAUUUUAUUUGACUGGUAAUUUCCGUUAAAUAUAAUACUCCUCUUUAAGGCUUCCGGUAGUCCAGUAAUAACGGUUCACUGAAGUUACUUAAAAGAAAAUAAAUAUGAAUAAAUUACUAAAAAGGACAGCGCUGUAAACGGAAUCCUAAUAGCGGCUCUUUGAUCGCUAAUGGGCUGGGAGCUAGUGGAAAAUUCUGGGUAGGUACUUGAAAAUUCGUCGAUGAUAAGAGUUUGCUCAUUUAUUCUUUCUUUUUAACAUUAGUAUAUUAGUAUACAAGCGAUAACCAGGCUCAUUUGCCUAUACUGCAGAUAAUUUGCCAUAUUUUGUUACAGUCUUGGCUACUUUAUAGUACUCAUGAGUUUAUUAAUAAACGUGGUUGUAUACGUUAUUUGUCUAGACUGUGUCAAUCUAAAAAAAAUACCAACACAUUUAUGUACUGCUGUUUUUCCUUUAGUUUACAAAGAAGUUUUUUCUGUCAACUUACCAAAUUUAGAGCCAAACCGACUUCCCGAGCGAAAAUUUACUGUGCUAUAUUCAGGGCUCAAAUUUUUCCACCCUCUCUCAGACUAUAAAAGUGGGCCUUUGAUCGCUAAAAUUUGUACACCCCCCCUCGUUACGAUGAAGGUUAAUCUCAUUACGCGCCACCCCUAAAAAGGCCAUCGUUUUUCCCCGAACAUAAAAAGGAUAGAUGUAGUCAUAAAAACUGGGAAAUUCGGAAAUAGUAUCAAAGCAGAUGCCGGCUCAGAGUGAUGGAUAGAUGACUGUGUAUCGAAUAAACGUUUCUAUUGGCUGGUACAAAAUAUAUCACAUUAUGACCUGGUUAGAACUGACCUAACUCGGGUAUGUUAAGAUUUGUACCACUUUUCUUAAGUACGGAGUAAUAAGUAUUUUAUACUUGGCUUGGAUAAUACAAGUAUAUAUAAUUUAAUACGAACUGCUAGACUAUUCUGAAAAGAUAUUUUUAUAACUCGUAAGUGCGAGUUUCAAAUUCACCUCUAUCUCUCUCUGUUUAACACGAUACUUUAAAAUGAGAAAAAUAGCGGCGAAUUCGAAACUCGCACUUGCGAGUUAUACAAAACAAAGAUAGAGAAUAUCCGUGCUAAGAUCUGACUGACAAAUGGCAGUGCUUUUGUAGGACAUAUUUCAAACUACAGUGUCUCACAGUGGAGUAGUUAAAAGUGAUAGUUUUCAACUUGAAGAGAAGUGGAAAACUAUUAAAGGAAAAUAUAAUGUUAACAAUUCGUAUGUUUCCCUACCCUUGUAGAUAAAAUCUAUUUCACCGUUUUAUAGCAAUAAUAAUAAGCUUUCGAAACAAAAUUAAUAUAACUCGUGCUAGGGUUUCAGUUGUGUAACUUUUUUGAUAGAAAAUCUAAUUUACAUUACAAAAAGCAAUGUCUAAAAAGUUUUUCUUGAAAAAAGAUAUGAUAAGAAAAUGUAAUAUGGCUUCAUCGUGUUUGAACCUAAUAAAUUUUUCGUGAAGAAGGCUUCUCUAUAAUAUUCUUGACACAUGCGACGUCCUUUCAGCCUCCCUUUAUUAUUGCGUUACCUUAUACAGGUUGUUUGAUAAUUUUAUUUAUUUAUUAAUUUAUUUAUUUAUUUAUUUAUAAAUGGCGAAUUUACUAGCUAAUAUUUUAUGUUCAUGAUUUAUUUAAUUAAUAAAUUUAUAGAACAACAUAAAUAUACCUAUUAUAAGCAAAUUAAAAAAAAGCACUAUAAAACACGGACUAACAAGUUAUCACAAUUAUUUUAGUUACACAGUUGUACAAGCUAUUUACUAAUAGAAAACAAAUUGAAUAAAGUAUUAAAUAAAUUAGGUACUCGUAAGUAGUAAGAUAAAAGGACAAUAUUGAAAAAUAAAUUGUAUUAUAUUUAAAAUGAAUUCCCUCUAUAUUUCAUUUAUUACUCUCAUAUAAUGAUAUUAUAAAGACUCAACAUUUUAUUAUUUUCUUUAAACUCAAUUGUAUGAUACAUAUUUCUCUGGUAAGGCCGGUACUUGAGAUUCUGAAACGUGAAGAAAUAAUUGAAAAUCUAAUGUUGCUUUUAGUUUCAUUUAUAUUUUGAACGAAAAUACAAGAACGGUGAUUUAGAGUAAUUAUGAAUCCAGUAAUAACACCUUAAUUAGUAUUCCGUGUACGCCUUAAUUAGUCCUAUUUAUUUUUUAAUUCAAUGUUAAGGUCUAUGUUUUGUGGUAUCUAGAAUAUUUAAAUUUGUAUACGAAGGCAAUUGAAACGAUUUCAGUUUCAUACAAUACUUGGAUCUGCUUCAAGCUUUACUCAUGUAUUUCGCUAUUUUCAACGUCGCGUACGGAUAUUUAAUAAACACCCUGUAUAAAGCGUCACACGAUAAAAAGGACAUUUAUUACCCUUCCCACUGCGUACCAAGUCACACCGGUAUGCCAACUAUAUACUAUCAAGUAUUUGAGGCUUUAGUCGAAUUUCUAAGUUUUAUUUCUUCGUCAAAGUCAAAGUUAAAAUACAAUUCGGUUAAUUAAGAAUCUUUUUUUUACUCAUCGAUAACCGUGGUUUCACCCACGGAAACAAUACAGCUUAUUUUACUCGCUGACAAUGUAACUCGCUGGCUGGCGAGCAUACGAUAGCUCAUCCAUAGAAUAGGUCUAUCACAAAAACAUACUAAUGGAUUUAAUCUUUUUUUUUAGCCUAAUAUUUUUUUUACAAUAUGCUUGCUACAUUUCUCUGUUAACCAAGAAAUCUCCUCAAAUCCUUCGAAAUAUAUUUACUAGACAUAAAUUCGUUAUUAGAUUAUGUACCUAAUACCUAAUAAUUACUGAAUUAAUUGUGAUAUUUGGGAUUUUGUAUAUACUUAUUGUAAGUGAACUGAAAAUCAGUGUACUUAAUAAAGAAAAUAAAUAUGAAUAUUUCAAA